AUGUCUUGGGAGAGGUUGGAUGUUGACGACGUGCUAGUCGUCGUCAUGACGGCGAUUGCGUUCCUAUGGUACACCUGUGGUGGUUACAUAUCAAGAACAGAAGACAUACCUUCGCAGUUUUGGUAUCAAGUACCGCAGUCGUCGGACAGCCAGCAGACGUUCAGGCAGAGAAAGGCCGAAGCGAGAAACGUCGCCCUCGUUUUCAAGGAGACGCUGAAGCAGGGUGUCGACGCUGUGAUAUUCUGGGGCAGCCAAAGUGGCCGAGCCGAGGCCUUUGCUAGGCGUCUCGCCGAGAGCCUGGAAGCACGGUUUGGCUUAAGGAGUUUAGCAGCAGACUUGAAUGACUACGACCAUGCGAACCUGACUCAGCUGGAGUCGUCUCAUCUUUGUGGCUUCGUCUUGUCUACUCACGGAGACGGCGACCCUCCAGACAAUUCUGAUGGCUUCUGGAGAGCCAUUCACGCAUUCUCGAAGCGCGGAGCUCAACUCUCAAACUUGCGGUACAUGCUGUUUGGCUUGGGCAACUCAAAAUACCGGCAGUUCAAUCGAGUAGCGGAGACAGUAGAUGAUAUCCUCGAGCGACUCGGAGGUACGCGUAUCGGCGAGUUUGGUCGAGGCGACGACGCCAAUGGCGAGACCGAGGACAAUUUCUUGGCCUGGAGAACAGCCACCGAAGACCUGCUGAAAGCAGAGCUUGGUCUAGUUGAGCAGGACAGCAUAUACAAUCCAGCUUUCAAUAUCCAGGAGGUCCUGCUAGCAGAUCCGAAUGGUGUGUUUAGAGGAGAGCCACAUCAAGCUCUCCUCAAUCAAGCCACAGCUUCCAGCAAGAUUGCAGACCCCAAGAUACCGAGGGCCCUUCCCGUAGUCCACGCGAGACCAUUAUGGGAAUCUGAUGAGCGACUAUGUCUCCACGUCGAGUUGGACCUGGGAGCGGAUCGGCUUGUCAAAUACAAGACCGGAGAUCACUUAGCAGUUUGGCCAAGUAACCCAGUCCGUGAGGUAGAGCAGCUUCUCUCUCUUCUUGGCCUACAGGAAAAGCGAGAAACGAUUAUAUCGAUCGGAUCCGUCAAUACCCCUGAAGGUGGGAGGGAGUCCGCCUUCUCUCCGACCACCAUCGAAGCGUUGUUCUCUCACUACCUUGAGAUCUGCGGUCUCCUGAGCCGCGAGGCGGUCCUGGCGCUUGCCAGUUUCGCUCCUUCAGAGGCGAGCAAGACGCGGGUGCUCCAGAUGAGCGAUAACGCGCAAACCUUCAAGAAAGAGGUCGUGGGCUCGCAUCUCACUUUGCCGAGCCUCAUGCGAGCUGUCGGCGGACUUCUUGUCUGGAGAGUUCCGCUUUCGUUUUUCCUCGAAAAGUUGAAGCCGUUGCAGCCCCGUUAUUAUUCCAUAUCGUCUUCAGCCGUAGUUCAGCCGCAACGGGUCUCGAUUACGGUGGUAGUGGACAAACCGCCGAAUCCUACUUCCGAGGACGGUGCGAUAGCUGCAGUCGGCGGUUGGGGGCUGGCUACGUCCUAUCUGCACGCUGUAGAGCGGUCUUGCAACUCGGUUCCCUCCGAUCGCUACCACAGUCCUUUCGCACUAGGUGCUCCCCGAGCUCUUCUAGUAGAUCACAAGGUCUUCGGUGCUGUCCGACAGAGUCCGUUCAAGUUGCCAGUGAGGGCUUCGACACCCAUCAUCAUGGUCGGGAGUGGGACUGGAGUUGCUCCAUUCCGAGCUUUCGUGCAAGAGCGCGCGCGCCGCAAGGCAAUGGGCCACGAGGUCGGUAGUACCUUCCUAUUCAUGGGAUUUCGGUCUCCGGCGAGCGAUUUGCUGUACGAGGAUGAGUGGUCGGAGCAUCAAAGGAUCAUCGGCCAGGACCUCCUCAAGAUCUGGACCGCUUAUAGUCGCGAGAUCGGGAAGCGGAAAGUCUAUGUCCAAGACCGCCUGUUGGAGAACGCGGCAGAGAUCAUGAGGCUUUUCGAGGAGGGAUCUGGAUGCCGCAUGUACAUAUGCGGAUCUGCAGACAUGGCGAGGGACGUGGUUGACACUUUGGCUGUCAUGAGAGCCAAGGCCGCAGGGCAGCAGCAUGUUAAUGCGUGGAUCAAGCAACUGCGACAGUCAAAGCAACUACUUGAAGAUGUCUGGAAUUAG